CAACUGUCCUGUACAAGUAAUAGCUAAAUGAGAUGUUUGUGAAAGCAUUAGUAAACUGAAACAUAUUCAGGUGGUAUUGUUAUCAUUUACUAAAGCUAAUUCAGCAUUCUGUUUGUUUUGUGUGAUAAAUACUAAAAAUCAUGAGUUUUCUCUUUUCAGAAUUUGCUUAUGGUGGCCAUCCUUACCCCUUUUCUGGAAUAUUUGAAAUUUCCCCAGGAAAAGCUUCUGAACUAGGAGAGACAUUUAAAUUUAAAGAAUCUGUUGUUUUAGGGAGCACGGACUUCCUAGAAGAUGAGGUAGAAAAAAUUGUAGAAGAACUGGGAAAGGAAUACAAAGGCAAUGCCUAUCACUUAAUGCACAAAAACUGCAAUCACUUUUCUUCAGCUUUAUCGGAGAUUCUUUGUGGGAAAGAGAUUCCUCGCUGGAUCAACCGCCUUGCCUACUUCAGCUCCUGUAUCCCCUUUCUACAGAGCUGCCUCCCGAAGGAGUGGCUCACGCCCGCAGCCCUGCAGUCCAGUGUGAGCCAGGAGCUCCAGGGCGAACUGGAGGAGGCCGAGGAUGCUGUCGCCUCGGCCGCCGCCGCUGCCGGCUCCCGGCCCGGGCGCCACACUAAACUCUAAGUGUCUCCAAAGCCACCCCCGCAGCACUGUCUCCGGCAGUUGAGUGUCACUAGCGAGAAGGGAGGAAGAAGCGUCCGGUGACGCGUAUGCAAAGCUGGCUCUCCCAUCCGGUCUCACAGCUCAGGAUUCCAUUUGUAUAACCAGCCACGCGGCGCAGGAGGGAGAACUGCGUGAGCGCCCUCUGGUUUUUUACCCACUUGUAAAUGCAGAUUUUCUUCUUCUGUUUUCUACGACUCUGUUAAGUUAUGUUUACAGUAUUUUGUAUCGCUGUUUACAGAUCUUGCAUGGACUCCUGCCACCGUAAAAGGAAAAUCUCCAUGUCUUCACUAUCGGGCAGGCGAUCUUUGUACACUUCCGACAAUUGCCAGGGCUCUGGCGUCAAUCAUAGGCACACACAGAGACCAGCGGUCGUGGGCAUCACCUGCUUGAGAACUUGUCUGUCGGGUUUGUGUUCGUUUCUGUUGAGGUUUUGGCACAGGAGGCAGAGAGCGAAGGAGCACACACAGCCGCGAGGGCUGGGGGCCUGGUCUGCUGAGAGGUAGCCCCUCCGCCUCCUCUCGGCACCUACUCCCUCCCUCCCUCCCUCCGGGCAGCACAUCUCCCCUGGUUCCUCCCCAACACCCUCCCCCGGCGGGAGGCGCACGCCUCGCCUCUGUCCAGCUGGCUUUGCUGCCUCUGACUCUGGAACUAAGAUGUUUUUCGUUAAAGUAACUGACAAGUGGUUUUGCACACGUGUUGGGAGCUUCAUUUUUCUUUAACACGCUGACGGCCUCCCUGCACAGGAGUUUGUGGGUGAGUAGGGACAUCCUAAACGGUAGCCUUCCGAGCAGCAGGACGAGUUGACGUUCAACUGCGUGUAGCUAUCCAGGCUGCCUUUAUAUAGACCUUGAAAACAGGUUAAAGCAACACACUCCAAAAAGCUGAUCGUUGGAUGUUUCAGGCGUUUUAGUACAUCAGGGAGAGUAAGUUGUUAGUUUGUUAUGGGAGUAGUUUCACCUCAUCAUGGAAAGCCUCAUCUCAUUGACCUCUCGUUUGAAGUCCCACUUGUGUAUCUUUAAGUUCCUUUUUUUCUGUUCUCUCAAAUGUAUGUCUCUUACGUCACACUCUCUAAGGAUGGAACUGUCACACAGAUAAGUCCUCAUUAGCAAGGAAUCUGUCAGCUCGAGUCUACUCCCAGUUUGGCCCCUGGAUGUAAGAGCCAAGUCAUUACAUGUCACAUUCAAUUUUUCUGCCUUAAGAAUGAAUGUCCUACGUAAGACUGGAUGCCGUAUAUACCGUACCCAAGGCAGUGACUUCCACUUUCUACACGUUGUUAGUUUAAAGUCAUCUCUUAUUUCAGUGUCUAGACUGGAUUGUUAGUGCUACUACUCUUUGUAAAGAUACAUAUCUUUCAGUAAACUACAUUUUUAACUUUUCCAUAAGCUGAUUUUGAUUUAUUUUAUCAACUUAAGCACACCCCGUUCAGAGGGAAAAUAAACCUCCAGUUCUAAGCAUCGACCUGAGGAAAAGGAAGCCACGUAACCUCCUUACGCUUUUGGCUUCUGCUUCUGGGAGGAAAGCUGUCAGUUACUCCCACUCUUGGGCACAGAGCACUUGAUAGAAGAGCUGCGGCAGGAGGAAUGUUGGAGCUUCAUGGAAAGGCGACUUGGUUCAGGUCUAACAUGAGGUUAGAAUAAAACACUAAGAGUCAAGCAGUGGAUUUGUUCAUUCAAAUAAGUCCUGUCCUCACACCCAGGUAGGGGAAGCGUGCGGGGCAUUUCCUUGGGCUUGUCUAACUGGUAGCUCGCAGUUCUUUCUAACUCAUUCAGACCCACAGGGCUCACUCCGGGCCAGCGGCACGUGGAGUGGCCAGCACCGGGCCCUUCCCAUCUGCUCGCCCAGAGCCCAGCACACAAGCGACUAUUAUUUUGUUGUAUUUACUUUAAUCUGCAGCCGUUGGAGUUUAAAAACAGUAAAGGGUCCUAGCUCCAGAAGUACAGGUGGCUCAAGGCUGGUCACAGUAACAAUCAGGUGGAAUUCUGGGCGGGAGGUGAUCACGAUCUAAUUGGACUCGAGGUUGAGAAGUCAAGGUGUUUACUUCCGGGAAUCCAUGGGAGCCGGCUCCUCCUCCACAGCUCAGAGUGCGCGUGGGUCACCCGCCUUUCCUGGCCCCGGAGGGAGGAAUCGUGCUCCCCACCUGACCCGGUUAGACAUCUGGCCAUGGAGAUACUGAGAGGAUGGAGGCCGAGUGAGCCUGUCUCAGGUCCGCGGGACAGUAACAGCGUUGGAGGGUCAGAGGCUGCUGGGUUCUGCCUUUCCCACGCCUGUGCGUGUUUUCUCGACCUUAAGGGGCCUGAGCGUCGGGGGUGUGGCCUGUGGAGUCCAGGGGGUGGUGGUGCCUGAGAUCCAGCCCACUCGCUCCGCCCACAGCAAUAGCGUUACCUUCACCAGCACUGGCACCGAGCAGGGUCCUGGGUCCACGCGCGGGUAGCAACACUCCCGCUUCCGGUUCUGUUCUGUCUGACGGCUCGGCGGUGGGUUCGGCUCUGUUCCCUGCAGUGGGUUCAGCGGGGAGGCCGGGGCUUGUGCCGCAGCGGCCCCUCUGCCGGCCCCUCCCCUGCGUGGAGCUCAGUUAGCGGACGGUCAGCCGGGUCCAGAGGCGUCUCCGGGGGCGGAAAGCUGUCCAGCUGUUGCUCUCAUGACCCUGAAGAUGGUUUCUUGUGACGUUGAAUGCAAAUGUACUGUCAUUCAUAGUGUUUAUAUACAAACACCAGGAAUCUUCACUUUUGCUACCUUGAUACAGCAUUGGGCUAUCAUGUUAACAACAUUGAAAUACAUCAAUUUAUUAAAAAAUACUUUUGUAA